AUGCAUAUUCGGGAUGCCAACUUUAAUUCUACGACCCACUUUGAUACUUGGUGGAAACACGUCACCCGUGAUUGGUUUACAUCGGUUGCUGACAUUAUUUUUGCCAAGCUUUUUCAGAAAUGGCCGUUGAAAAUUAAGGAUGCUACAACCUACAACUCAAUGAGCGAAACAUGUAACGAGGCCAAAGAGAUUAGUUUCGCUUCACCAGCAUUACCAAAGAAAAUAUUGCUCAUCAAGCGAAACCAUUCAACCAUCACUGGGGAUUCAUUAGGUCAUGGUCAGGCUGCUGCUACGGCGAAGCCUAAAUCUCUUGUCAUUCCUAGUCGAAAAACUAGCAUGAUGUAUGAGUCAAGUAGUGAUGAAAAUGAUGAUGAAAUAGCAAACGAUUUACGGCUCAAGAAAGCUCCAAUAAAACGGCCCAAGAGAGAUCCCGUCAUUGAGAAAAUUAAUGUUGGGACUUCAAAAACUAUGGCUUCAUCAAAGACUCCAAUCGAAGUUGAAUUUGCUCAACCUAUUCAAGACACUACUGCACUUGCAACACAUGAAACAAGUGUUCUGCAUCCUAAAAAGGCCGCCACCACUUCUUCAUAUAAUUCCACCUUAAAUAUUGCAGCCAAAGCCAUCAUCCAAACCAUCCUUGACAAAGACUAUGCCGAUUUAGCCAAUGAAGCUCAACAUGCUCGUCUUUGCUCGUCCAUUCAAAGUCUUCUUGAUGCUCCUUUUUUCCCAACUGAGGUUGAAUCCACAAUCAAAGGUUUCAUAAAGCAAUUGGCUGAGAGCAUCCAUGCCUACAACCAAGCCGGAAAAGAAGAACUGUGCAAACUAGAGAAGGAGCAGAAAGAGAUUGAGGCCAGAAAAUCAACCAUCCUUGCCAAGAUUGACAGUGCGGUUCAAGACUCUCGGCCACAUCAGUUUGAACUAGAAAAGUUUAUGCAACAACAGGCCAAUUUCCAAGAGAAGGAAGAUGACUAUAAGACCUUGAUGAGGUUUUAUCCUCUAGCUUUUGGAGUUGUUGAUUCUGAGACAGAGGAGAAUUGGACUUGGUUUCUUCAACAUUUGGCUUCUAUUUUGCUACCGAUGGGGAGAGUGGUGACCUUUUUCUCGGAUUGCAAUCAAGGUUUGUUAAAUGCAAUGGGGUUUGUGUUUCCUGGAUGGCCUCAUUCUUACUGUUACUAUCACCUCAAACAGAAUUUGAUAUCGAAGUACCCGAAGUCAGGUUAUGGGAAAUUGCUCCAAGACCGUGUUAUCAAUUUAUUUAGUAAAUGCGCAUAUGCUGUUACGGAGGAAGAGUUUACGGUAGCAAUGGAGGAGUUGGUGAUUGUUGGGAGUUCGAAAGUGAAGACAUUUAUAUCUGAUUUGUCUAGAGAUGACUAUGCCAAUGCAUAUUUCAAAGGAAUGCGGUAUGGGGAGAUGGCAAACAGUUUAGCGGAGUCAUUUAAUAAUUGGGUUGGUGUGUUUCCAGAUUUGCCGGUACUACCUUUGAUAGAAGGGAUUCGACAGAAAUUGAUGGUAUUGAAUUCUCAACGACGAAUUGAAGCGGAGAAGUGGACAACAAUUUUGUGUCCGGAGAUGGAAACUAGACUGUGGGAAAAUGCGGAGGCCGGUAGGACUCGGGUAGUUCGUCAUUCUAGUUUCACUGUUUUUGAAGUAUUUGCUGAUUAUUUUGUGAUGGUUGAUCUUGAGCAAAGGACUUGUUCUUGCCAUCUUUGGCAAAUUGACGGUUUUCCUUGCACGCAUGCGGUGGCUGCAAUUCUAGCAAAGAAAGAUUCAGUUUAUGAUUACGUGGAGUGUUACUACAGGACUUACUUCUUUCGAAAAGCCUAUGAGAGUCCUAUUUUUCCUAUUCCAUAUAUUGGGAAAGGCUUAGGCAGCAACAGUUUUGCAGUUGGAGUUGUGCUUCCGCCAAUUACAAAGAGGCCAGCCGAAAGACCACCAACAAAGAGGAUCAAAGCUUUUGCUGAAUUUAAAAGGCCAUUGAAAUGCAGUCGGUGUAGUGUUAUUGGGCAUAAUAGGAAGACUUGCAAGGCUGUGAUAUGA